AAAAUAGAAAAAAGUAUAAAGCUAAGGAUUGGAAUAAAAACAUAAGCUUAUUGUACAGUUAUGUCUCUUUUUGGCUUUGCUUUGUCACAACAACACUUCUUUACAACAACGCAAACCUUCUUCUCACAAAACUCAGUUUUUCAGUUUCUCUCUCUCUCUCUCUGUUCCGCACUAAUCUUCUAUUCAUUCUCUCUCUCUCUCAACCUUUCUGACUCCAUGACGGUCGCCGGCGAAAGUUUCACCGGGUAAAUAGUUUCACCGGAAUAAGACAGGACAACGAGAUCUAAAUCCAACCAAUUGGAACAUUUAUCGUACAGAUUAAUUUUGGGGAUUUUUUUUGCAUUGGUCUGAAGAUUGUCCAUACUCUGGAGGAACUCAUUGGUUUUGAGGAUGUGUGUUAUUAUUUGUUUGGAUUCUUUGAGAAUUUGAUGGAACAAAUAAAAAGAGAUGGAGAUUGUUUUGGAGCAGCAGUCGCAAUCUGUCUCUCUGGAUACUCGGACAAGAGUUUCUCAACUGAGAAACAGCUGUAAUGAUACUUGAAGAACAGUCUUGACAGGAUUUGUUGUUUUUCUUUUUUUUCUUUUUUACUUUUGUUUUUUUUGGGUGGAUUCUUUUGUAUUCAAAUAGGGGUUUUAACAAUAAUGGCUGCUGAAGAACAAUCUCCUGAGAGAAGAGAAGUCUCUACUUCUUCUUCUGCUUCUGUUGUAGAGAACGAUGCUCAACGCUCGAGGCUGGGAUCAAGUGACUCGCUUCUCCCAGGUCUUAUCGACGACGUUGCUCUAAACUGUCUCGCUUGGGUUCCAAGAAUGGACUACCCUUCCCUCUCUUGCGUAAGCAAGAAGUACAACAACUUGAUCAAGAGCGGUCAUCUGUUUGCUCUCAGCAAACAAAUGGGUGUCAAAGAGUAUCACGUCUUCAUGGUCUGUGACCCUAGAGGUUGGUUAAUGUUCUCCCCCAUGAAAAAGAAAUGGACGGUUCUUCCCAAAAUGCCCUGUGACGAGUGCUUCAACCACGCUGACAAAGAGUCUUUAGCCGUGGACGACGAGCUUCUCGUCUUCGGUAGAGAGAUGUUUCAGUUUGCUAUAUGGAAAUACGGUUUAAGGUCUCGGCGUUGGGUCAAGUGCGAAGGGAUGCACCGUCCUCGAUGCUUGUUUGCGUCAGGAAGCUUAGGAGGGAUCGCUAUUGUAGCCGGAGGGACUGAUAUGAAUGGGAAUGUAUUGGCUUCUGCUGAGCUUUAUGAUUCUUCUUCAGGGAGAUGGGAGAUGCUUCCCAACAUGCAUUCUCCUAGGAGACUGUGUUCAGGGUUCUUUAUGGACGGGAGAUUCUACGUGGUUGGAGGAAUGUCAAGCCCUAACGUAUCCGUUACUUACGGGGAAGAGUUUGAUCUUGAGACGAGGAAGUGGAGGACGAUAGAAGGGAUGUAUCCUAAUGUGAACAGAGCAGCUCAGGCUCCACCUCUUGUUGUGGUGGUUAACAACGAGCUUUUCACGCUGGAGUAUUUGACGAAUAUGGUGAAGAGGUAUGAUAAGGAGAGGAACAUGUGGGAAGUGAUGGGACGGUUACCGCCGAUUGUGGACUCGUCUAACGGUUGGGGUUUAGCGUUUAAACCGUGUGGUGAUAGGUUGUUGGUUGUGUGUGGACAACGAGGGAGAAACGGUGAGGGGAUUGUUGUGAAUGCUUGGUGUCCCAAGUCGGGAGGUAGAGAUGGGAACUUGGAUUGGAAAGUGAUUGGUGUUAAAGAGAAUGUUGGUGUCUUUGUUUAUAACUGCGCUGUGAUGGGUUGUUGAAAAAAGAUUGGAAGUUUGGUUCUUUGUAUUACACUCUCUGGUUCGGUCUUGAUCUUCUUCUCUCCUGUCUUUUUAGUUGUUCUUGUUUUAUUUUGCUCUUCUUCUUCUGCUUGGGAUUACAAUGCUUUUGUAUUUUGUUAUGAUUUUUGUGUAAACUGGAAAAGGAAAGAAAAUUCAUUACUCU